GUAGCGCUAGGCACUCCGCAACUAUUGGGCUCCGUGGAACAGUUGGGGGUACGCUGGCAGGCGAGGUAAUGGAGCAACUCUUGGAAGACGGUGUAGGAUAAAAACGAGCCGAAAGAAUAGAGGAAAAGGACGGGUUCCACGGUCAGGUAGACCCGCGGCUGGUGCAGCUUCUUCCACACGCCAGAUAUAGUGGAGCACAUUGCCGCUGGCAGGGUUUCUAGCUGUCUUCUUCAGCGAACUCCCACGUGGGUUUUGGCGUUCGGAAUUCACACACACGACCGGCACGCCCACUUUGAUUUCUAUUUGGAGCCCACCAGAGAACGGAAGUUUUGCAAGCAGCGUUCUCUCUCUUGGCAGCACAGGGAGUAGAUCGUUAGGUUGAGCAGCAAGUCAAAAGACUGACCGCGGUGAACCAUUCCAGCAAGCUGAUCGCGCAGUACAGAGCAACUGAAGACGGUGGGCUGGGCGGUUACACCUACCACGUACUGCGUAGUGGCCUUAUUGGGACCACUCCCGCCCGCUCGCUUGCUCUGCUAGCCGACUUCUGAAGGACAAAUUAGGGAAGCCCGCCCGCUCGGUCGCUCCGUCUAAUGCCUACGACGACAAUGGCGGACGAUGUAGAAGUGGAUUUGGACAGCGUAAUCACAAGACUAUUGGAAGCGAGAGGAACGCGGACAAUAAAGACCGUGCAGCUAGCGGAGAACGAAGUGAAGGGGUUGUGCAUGAAAGCCAGGGAGAUUUUUCUCAGUCAACCAAUUCUACUGGAGUUGGAGGCACCACUCAAGAUAUGUGGCGACAUUCAUGGCCAGUAUACAGACCUCCUCCGGCUGUUCGAGUACGGACUGUUCCCGCCAGAGGCAAACUACCUCUUCCUGGGUGACUACGUGGACAGAGGCAAGCAGUCCCUGGAGACCAUCUGCCUUCUCCUGGCCUACAAGAUCAAGUACCCCGAGAAUUUCUUCCUCCUCCGCGGAAACCACGAGUGUGCCAGCAUCAACCGAAUCUACGGCUUCUACGACGAAUGCAAGCGAAGGUACAGUAUUAAGCUGUGGAAGACGUUCACCGACUGUUUCAACUGUCUCCCCAUCGCUGCAGUCAUUGAUGACAAGAUCUUCUGCUGUCACGGAGGCCUAUCUCCGGAUCUCCAUGAUUUCGACCAGAUACGGUCGGUCGCGAGACCGACAGACGUCCCAGACACUGGUCUCCUCUGUGACCUCCUCUGGUCUGACCCAGACAAGGACACCCAGGGGUGGGGGGAGAAUGAUCGCGGUGUCUCUUUCACCUUUGGUGCUGACAUUGUCACCAAGUUUCUUAACAGACACGACCUGGACCUAGUGUGUCGGGCACAUCAGGUACGUAUAUACAAUUUGCGGGUGCUUAAUAAGAGAGAGAGACAACAUGGUUGGGAGAAAAGGAGGGGGAGUAAAACGUAUACAGGCUGUGAAUUUCUAGCGUUCUGUAAAUACCCGUAUUAUAUACUUUCACUUUCAAUUGUGGUCCGCAAAACUCUGUAAAAAAGAGAGACCUGUUUGUUACAUUUUUGCGUUUUGUUUGUAUGAGAUGAAUAUUAACUUUAAACCUCUCCAGGAUGUACAGUUAAACUUCUGAUAAAGGACCCUGCGAGUAAAGUAGUACACUUUUUAUACUACCACCGAAUAAGUGAAUAGGAACACGGUUUUGAUAUCCCUAAGGUACAGGAGGUGUAACUGUGUUCCGCUGAUCACAGGUGGUGGAAGACGGGUAUGAGUUCUUUGCCAGGAGGCAGCUGGUCACUCUCUUCUCGGCACCCAACUACUGUGGAGACUAUGACAACGCAGGGGGCAUGAUGACAGUGGACGAACAGCUCUUCUGCUCCUUCCAGAUUCUAAAGCCGUCAGAGAAGAAGGCGAAAUACCAGUACUCUGGGCUGAAUUCUGGCAGACCUACUACAGCUGCAAAGACCCACAUCAAUAAAACAUAGAGCAUAAUGAUAAUAUGCAGUCCCUCUGUCUAUUUUUAACGACGUAUUAUACAUUGCAUUCUCCCCUGUCUGUGUGAACGUGUGCUUGUAAUUAUUGGUAUAUUAUAUUUGGUUUUGUCUCGCAA